UUAUAUAUCGUCUCUAAACUAGCUUUCGGUUCCCAGCCCGAGCUGUAGGAGGAGGUUAGGUAGCAGUCUGUACCAGUGUACACUCGAUCACGAAGUAAUGCUCGUCGACCCUAGAGCGGUAGAGCAGUGCAUCUGUGCCUAGUCAACAAGCACCGAGUGUACCAGUCACUCGUCCACAGCCACUCCACUCCCAUCCCACCCACACACAACGAGAGCAGUCAUGUCCGAUCCCUCAUCCUCCUACGCGCGCAUCCCCUCCGCUGCCUCCGACAUCGACGACGACGAUGGAUUCGAUUCCCUCCCAUCUUCCUCCGCAGGCUCCACGACAUCCCUCUCUCCGAGCGAGGAAGAAGCUUACUCAGAUGCCGAGCGAGAAUGGCGGGAAAGUCUACAACAGCUGGAACUCAUGAUGACACUGGUGCUGAUACCUUAUCUGGGCAAGUACUUUGGGAGAAAGUGUGCCUAUUAUGGAUGGGCGAAGUUUAUGGAGUGGAAGUAUCCUGUGACGGUAGAGAUCACAAGUCCUGGUUUGUUCAAAGGUGUCGGGGCUAUUGAGGCGGCCGCGUCGCUUUGAUGUGGAUGGCUUGCAAGACGAGAAAUACUACAGUCAAGAAAGUCAUGCUCCAAGGGCAGCCUACGCGUUCGCGUAUUGAGUCCAUCCGCCUGGCUAGAGACUAUGCGGCACUAUCCACUCCUCUGGAAUGCGCAGGCAGUGAACAUGUUCGAGGGCCGGUACACUUCGGAGUGGUUGCUUUGUACGGGCCCACGCUCAAGAUUCGGUCUUAUUCACAAACACACACACUCUCUCUACAGAUGCCAUUCCUGUGGUGCACUCGUGAGCGCUCCUGGACGUUGGAUUCAGAGCUACGAGUCGGAGAUGGCGAGACAUGAAGGUCGAGGGGGCGAAAGAAGGCGGGUGUGAUGCAGGGGUCUAUACACUCUCUAUGGAAAGUCUGUUGGGAGAAAGGCCGCGCCGAAGCCAGUGGAACCAAUCAUGAUUUGCGAAAGAAGCACUUUCAUGGGAACGGGAAGAGCAGGCUUGCAUUGAAGAUGGUAUAAAGGAUAGAGGUUGCGCCAGAAGAUCAUGUCGGCUGUGUACACUUGGAUCCUUAUUCGACCUACCUGACUUAAGAUCCUGUUACCUGAAGUUGAGGCAUUGCCUCUCUUCACUCAGGUAGCCGCUCAAGCCUUUCUUGGCGAAGAUGACGACGAUCGCCCACCGGAUCUGUUCUCGUUUUACCUCCUAGCACAUUCUUUGAUUUCUACUG